GCUGCCCUCGCUCCCCGGCCCCGAUGUCUGAUUUGCCGCCUCCCGACGCAUGACCCCGCGCUCUCGCGUCCCGGGUCGGUGACAGGCGCGAGGUGCGCCUGGCGACCCCAUGUGCCUCCUCCCUCUCGUGGCCGCUGCAGUCUCCGCUCCCCGAACCCCGCUUCUACUCCUUGGCAGAGGGCUCGUCGCCGCCAUGUCCACCACUGAGUCGCUCAAAUCUGUGGACUACGAAGUGUUCGGAAAUGUGCAGGGUGUUUGCUUCAGGAUGUACACAGAAGGUGAAGCUAAGAAAAUAGGCGUGGUUGGCUGGGUGAAGAACACCAGUAAAGGUACCGUGACAGGCCAAGUGCAAGGCCCUGAAGAGAAAGUCAAUUCCAUGAAGUCCUGGCUAAGCAAGGUGGGGAGUCCUAGUUCUCGCAUUGACCGCACGGAUUUUUCCAAUGAGAAAACCAUCUCUAAACUGGAAUACACUAACUUUAGUAUUCGAUACUAA